AAUGAACAUUCGUUAAGAGGGGAGAAACGCUGUUGGAUUGCCGUAGCCCCAACACAAUUCUUAGUUUUAAAAUUUUCGACAAAAAGUGCUCACACAAUCCGACGAUCGCAGCAGCAGCGGAUACAUAACGACAUCCACAUCAAUGGCGGGCAUUAUUUCAAUAUUAACGAGGCAAUUGCCGCGCAACGUGCAAACCGUUGGCCUAAAAGCUGUGCGGAAUCAUGAACUCCAGCUGAGUGCCCGUCAGUAUUCCCAGCUGGCUGUGGUUGCUGCAUUGCAGCAACAGCAGCAACUGUUGCGUCGGGAAGCGAAUCCUACUCUGCGCUGCCAAGAUGCGAUGCGUUCUUUGGGCUGGCAGAGUUUUCACACCACCAGCAGCAUGUGGUCAGAGCAGGUAGUGAAAGUGCCGCCGUUCGCCGACUCCAUCACCGAAGGUGACAUUAAAUUUACCGUCAAAGUGGGCGACUCGUUCGGGGCCGAUGAAGCUGUCAUGGAGAUCGAAACGGAUAAGACAACUAUGCCUGUUCCUGCACCCUUUGCUGGCACCGUGACGGAAAUUCUAGUCAAGGACGGUGACACGGUUAAGCCCGGCCAGGAGCUGUUUAAAUUGAAGCCCGGCGCAGCUCCUGCUAAGCCAGCUGGAGCACCCGCCCCAGCCAAGGAGGCACCAGCCCCAGCCCCAGCUGCAGCUGCUCCACCUAAGCCAGCGGCACCAGCUGCCGCUCCUGCACCCGCUGCGCCAAAAUCAGCUCCACCACCGCCACCACCUCCAGCAGCGCGCCCGCCACCAGCUGCUCCCCGUGCUGCCGCUCCACCACCAGCUGCCGUCAGGCCUGCCGUGGCUCAGGUGAAAGUGCCUCCUGUUGACGGUUCCCGUCAAAUCUUGGGUACGAGAUCCGAGCAACGCGUCAAGAUGAACCGCAUGCGUCAAAAGAUCGCGGCUCGCUUGAAGGAUGCACAGAACACGUGCGCCAUGUUGACCACUUUCAAUGAAAUCGACAUGAGCUAUGCUAUGGACUUCCGUAAGCAAAAUCUUGAUGCAUUCACCAAGAAGUAUGGCAUCAAACUUGGUUUCAUGUCCAUCUUCUCGAAAGCCAGUGCCUAUGCGCUGCAAGACCAGCCUGUUGUCAACGCCGUCAUCGAUGGUCAGGAUAUUGUUUACCGUGACUAUGUGGAUAUCUCAGUGGCUGUUGCUACGCCCCGUGGUCUGGUUGUGCCCGUCAUUCGUAACGUUGAGAGUAUGAACUAUGCGGACAUUGAGAUAGCUUUAGCUGGAUUGGCCGAUAAAGCCAAACGUGAUGCCAUCACCGUUGAGGAUAUGGACGGUGGCACCUUCACCAUCAGCAACGGUGGAGUGUUUGGCUCGCUGAUGGGCACGCCCAUCAUCAAUCCACCUCAGAGUGCUAUACUUGGCAUGCAUGGCAUCUUUGAUCGUCCCAUUGCUGUCAAGGGCGAGGUCAAGAUCAGGCCAAUGAUGUACGUUGCCCUGACAUACGAUCACCGAAUCAUUGAUGGACGUGAGGCUGUGUUGUUCCUGCGUAAGGUGAAGGCUGCCGUAGAGAAUCCAUCUAUCAUUGUUGCCGGUCUGUAAGGACAGUCUGUGAGGUCCGUUAGCGCUGCGUCCACGUUGUUCUAAUGAUAUUAUCGAAUCGGUGACUUAAAACUGAAGCACAGCCAAAUUCAUUGUAUAAACAGAAACUUUUAAUUUCAUGUAUUUAUUUAAAAAUUAACGAGUGUCACAAAUUGACUUAAAUUUGGGUUUAACUAUAGCAAAAUACAUAUAUACAAAAAAAAAAAAAAA